AUUGUGCGUUCCUGCUCGUCUCUAUCGCCGCAAAUACCAUUCACUGUAAAAAUGCGUACUGGUGUGUAUGCGGAUAAGAGUGUGGCGCACGAGUUAGUGCCGUUGGUGGAGGAGUGGGGCGCAAGUGCUGUGACGUUGCAUGGACGUUCACGCGAACAACGGUACACGAAGAGUGCCAACUGGCAGUAUAUAGAAGAGUGUGCAGCUAAAGCACAGCGUAUGCCGAUAAUUGGGAAUGGCGAUAUUCUAAAUUUUGAAGAUUUUAAUGAGAAGAGGAAAAUUGCACCACACGUCUCCUCGAUAAUGAUUGGGCGCGGCGCGCUUAUUAAGCCGUGGAUCUUUAAGGAGAUUAAAGAACAAAAACCAUGGAAUCCCACAUCUGCAGAACGCUUCGAAAUCCUGCGUACUUAUGUCAACUACGGCUUAGAGCACUGGGGCUCCGACACGAAAGGUGUAGAGAAUACCCGGCGCUUCUUGCUGGAAUGGCAAUCAUUCCUCUAUCGCUACAUACCUUAUGAGCUCUUAGCACAUCCACCACAACAGAUUAAUCAACGUCCACAAAAAUUUCGAGGACGAGAUGAAAUGGAAACUUUGAUGAGUUCGCCAAAUUCUGCUGAUUGGGUACGUUUGAGUGAGAUGCUGUUAGGACCAGUACCAGAGAGCUUUGAAUUUGUGCCAAAACAUAAAGCGAAUGCUUAUUAAUAUUAAAUUGAAAUACUGGAUAUGAAACGUUGUAGUUAAAGAAGCAAAUUUUUACUAACAAGUAAAAAAUACUAGUUAUAUUAAUUUUGACAUCAACGCUUUUGCAUAAUACAUGUCUUUGUAUAAAUGUGCAGAUAAAAAUAUGUUUAAAAUAGAAAAAAGGUUACACAUCAAUACAAAAAUUCUUUAACACUGCUUAAGGUUCUAAGUUUUCAAAUGAUGACAGAUUUAGCAGCUCAAAACCGCUA